AUGAGCGGUUGGGUUAUACAAUUCAAAGCUACUGGAACAAUCAUGGUUUCUUGGGAUGUGCGAAGUGCUUUGGAAUAUACAGUACCAGCACCUAUCGUACACGAACAUUUACCAGCUGCAAUCCCAAUACAACCAGCUCCCACUUGUACGCCUACGGUCAAUGUACGACCUGCUCCAUUACCAGAACCACUUCCUGCCCCUCCACAAGCCCUUACGCCCCCUAUCAAACAAGUAAAACAACUGUCACAAACUAACAACGACCCUCCUUUGACCAUCAAAACCCCAUCACGUCAUAAUCUCUCCAAUCUACACGUAACUCAGGACAGCUGGGACCGACUACGGCAAAUACACCGUGGUUACACCCCUUUCAACGCCUGCGCCCUUCUGUUUGGAAUGUUGGCGAUGUGGGGAGGUACAGUGAACUUGGAUCGCGACUACGCGCACACCAUGAAUCUAGUUUACACACACCAUUCAGGGUCAAUCACAGGGUUUGUGAAGCCACUCCCCUGGAACUCCAGCCUGAAUCAGCCCAAUUUCCUGAGAGCCUGGGCCAUGUCACACAGGUUGAGCCCCGACGAUCUCGAGUGA